UGGCAACAAAUGGGGGAGUGUCCAAUGGGUGUAAAUCACGCCCACAUGAUGUAAACUUUUCAAUACAGGCGUCUCAUGACGCCUCUCCCUCUGUGGUUGCCGCUGUCUUAUCCUCCCAGCAUCAGCACCUAGCCGAACUGAACAGCGACCGUUGUCGAGGAAAUGAUGCUCUAACAAGCGAGGGAGUUGGAGCAAUAAUGCUCAAUCGGGAGACGGAGGUAUUAUAUAUGGAUGAUUCGUGUUACCAAAACAUUUUAGGGAUGUUUGGGCGUCUGGGUAUCACACCUUGUCGCGGGCACGUUUGUGAAUCUCUCGUUGCGUUCUCUCACCAUUUAUGAUGCACCAUUCAUGAUGCGAGCUUCCCUCAUCAUUGAUCCCAAGAAUGGAAUGAAGAAAACGUUGAAAUAGCGCUAAGGAGAUUUAUUGUCUCAACAGGGCACCAUAGCCUGCCACGCGCCGUUUCGUUGAUUUAUAUAGCCUAUAGGCUAUACUUAGCCUACUAUCGCCGGUUUUUAGGUAGGAUAUGAGCCAUUGUAUAACGUCUUCUUGUUGUGACUAUCUCAUUUGAGGGCGCCGUACAGAUAACAGGGCUAUGCAAGCCAUCCAAACAAAGGCACCCGAACAACCCCAUUGACACAACUGCUGCCCCGUCGCCACUGACAUGACAACGCUGAGUCGAAGGAGCAGGUGCAAAGGGCACCGACCUGCAGCCGGACGCGUGGACUCGAAAAGGAAGUGGGACUUCGGGCUCGCAGAGAGUAAGCAGCAUCCCGGAGGGGGACCUAUUGCAGUUUCUGGGGACAAGCACCAAGGACAGUGCGGCACACAACAGUCACACCGGGGAAGGCUGCAGGGGGCUGUUCAGUGUACCUUCCCCACACUCACUCUCCAUACCUCACUUGCAUUAACGUUCCGUUUUCCCAGUGCAGAAAAAUGCUUAACUGCUGCUGUACUGAUUUGAUAUCGAAUGUUGCCUCAAUGUCUUUAUUCAAAAUGAUGCCUCUAUUUCGUUUUCUUCAACCCAGUAAUUUGACCGUAUCAGUGAUGGGUAAAUGAAAAGAUUGAUAUUGGUUUAAAAGCUGGAUGGAAUCCGAGAGGGACUGAUGUACAUACUGGUCAGGUAUCGUCUUCUGCCUUCGUCUCUGGUUCUGCUUACUCUGCUACUUGCCAGCACCAUGGGCUGUAUCCAGAGCAUCUCCUGCAAGCCUCGCAUUAGAAGGGAGAACAUUGUAGUCUACGAGGUAUCGGCCUCCAUUGACCAGUGCCCAACGGUGAUAGAGGAGAACUCGCCCAUAGUGCUGCGGUAUAAGACACCUUACUUCAGGGCCUCCGCAGGGAUCGUGAUGCCUCCGGUGCCCCGCAAUGAGACCUGGGUGGUGGGUUGGAUCCAGGCUUGUACACAAAUGGAGUUCUACAAUACUUAUGGGGACAUUGGCAUGUCCAGCUGGGAGUUACCAGAGCUCCGUGAGGGCCGGGUCAAGGCCAUCAGCGACUCGGACGGGGUCAGCUACCCAUGGUACGGCAACACCACUGAGACGGUCACCCUUACGGGUCCCACUUCCAAACCGUCGCACCUCACAGUCAGCAUGAACGACAACUUCUACCCCAGUGUGACCUGGGCCGUUCCCAUCAGCAACAGCAACACGCCAAUGCUGUCACACAUCACCCGAGACCAGAGCUUCAUCACCUGGUUGGUUGCCAUCAACUCUGUCACCAAGGAGCGCAUUGUGCUGCAGACUGUGCGGUGGCGGAUGCGGGUGGACAUCGCCGUGGACCCUGACAUGCCCCUGGGCUCCCGGGCCUCCCUAGUAGGCCGUCCUCACCAGGAGCAGCCCCAUAUUCUCAACUACCAGGAACCAAUACCCCCCAACGCCCUGGGACGACCCAAUGCCAAUGACGCCCAAGUGCUGAUGUGGAGGCCCCGCAGAGGGUCACCCCUAGUGGUGAUACCGCCCAAAUAAGGUUGUAAAGACUGAGAAAACACAAUGUGAUUAGUUCAUGGUAAUGAGGAAGUGUGGCCCAUCGAAGGAGAGGGAAAUUAGGGAAGAUUGAUAAGGGAAGUUCCCUUAUCAAACAUGGCAGCUGCAGCUCUUCACUCGCACCUACUGUCAGGGUUCAAUGGAUGAUAGAAAUCGUGAAAAAGUUUAGGUAUUUUCUCUGGGCUGGACUGCAUUGGAAUUGACACAGCGGAAGUCUAUAGAGCGAGACUGCUUUCAGAGGCAGGCUCAGCACUGCAUCAGCGUUUGAUUGAGUCCGGCUGUUUUUGGACGGCCACAGUGCUGUACUAGAGUUCUAUCUAUCUGCCUUUGGAAAGAAAGGUACAGAGCUAUCAGAGUUCUACUGAGGUGGACUGAACACAGAACCUAUCGUACAGUAGGUCUUAUUGCAUGAGAGAGAAAACGGUCUUUGACUGGAAUAAGAAUAGUAUUUUGUAUCAGCUGAUCACACUUAGGACAUGGAAUGGAACUUCUUACAUUGGCCAUGAUAUCCUGAAAGCUGGAAAACUCCCUCAGUGCCAAUUAUGGACGUAACAGCAUUUAACAUAGAACACUUUAAGAACACUUUGUUAAGAUAUUUAAAUGAUGAGGCAAAUCAUAUUAUGUGAAUCUUCUGUUAGUUUAAGAUAAACUCAAUCAUCCAUCAGAUUGUAUUAAGAGCACCUACUUGGCAUAAAGGUCUAAAACGAAAUGGGCUGAUUGUGGUCUCAUUUAAAUGUGCCAUGUCUAUGCACUCACAUAGAAAGGUUUAAACGGUGUGGGUUUUCUGGUGUGAGUUGAGUAUCUACAUGCAUACACAUGAAUGUCCAAUGUCUCAAUCCAACCUGCUAGCCCCUAACCAUAUUGCUUAUCUAUACAAUCGUUUCAGAUCUACACCAAGUGCCUUGUGUUAGGGGCAAGUGGUUGAUUUUGGGAUUGGGCCAUAGUGCCACAGUACACUAUCAAGGCAAAUAGCCUGGGCUAGCGGGUUCAUUCAGAGGGGCCCCUGCCAUAUGACACAAUGUCACAAGACUCAUGCUCCAUCUGUGCUGCUCACCAGUUUCAGUCGUCACCUUCCCAUCUGUCUGUCCAUCCCUUUCAUCACUCCAUCAUUUUCUCCCCUCUCUGCAUGCCUCCAAUCCCUCAUCUCCACUUCAAGACUAUGCAAACACAGAGGGACUGUUGACCGAGAGAGAUAGAAGAAUACAUGAUCAGGAAAGACAGGGUGGUGGUAAUAUUCACAAUGAGGGCUUUGUCGUGUCCCCAAAAUAGCUGCCAUUGAUUGGGUCUCUUUCUAUCCACAUUCACAAAUUGUCAUUCUUGUGUAAGAUGGAAGCUAUUUCCAUGUUAGAUACACAAUGAAAUGAAAAUAUAUUAUAUGAACAGUUUAUGAACUUUUGAAUUGGUACCAAACAUAUUCAGUGAUCUCGGGCUCGAUAGGAACCAGGAUUGCCUUCAUUAGGGCACACCACAGCAAAAUGUUUUUCCAACACAAAACGCAUUUCUUAUUGGACGGGUUCGGGCAGUCUGUCCCUGUUUCCGCCCAUUUUGUUCCAUUCAGUGCCUCAUGAAUAUGACCCAGUUGUUGAGAAACAUCAAAUAAUUUAUGACCUCUUACUCAUCAAACAAUCCUGCUUUGGGAUUUCAUACCUAGAUGAAACAACAUCCACAAUACAAGCUCUUUCAAUACAAAACAUCGGUUUAAACCCUUAUUUUACAUUUGAUUACUUAAUUUAUUCAUUUUAUCUUGCACAACAGGUCAUUUUUGAAUAAAAACAUCAGCAACUGGAUGUGUAAUUCUUUGGAUCUGAAUGGCCGGACAAUGAGCAGCAAGUUUAAAGCAUUCCUUCCUUUAAUCUUUUUCUUCCUUGUCCCCAAUAAAAGGACAUCCAGUAUCUCUACAGUCAUUGGUCUCAACCCCUCCCCUCUGCAGUAAAUGUGCUACAACCCAACGCUCCCACUAGGUGGAG